AUGGCCACUAUGCAGUCCAACAACCGUGCCUCCCUUCUCAACGGUCUUCGUACUGGAGGCGUACGAUCUACGUCCAUGUCUGGUCCUCAUACUGCCGCUUUGGGCGGUUCAUUCAACAUCCCACGCUUUGUGUCCAACCAACACUCUGUUUUCGUAGAGGAUGAUGAUGGUAUGGAUGAAGUUGCCGAGCUUUUCUCGCAGAACAUGUACAUCAAUAAUCAGGCAACUCGUCCCUUGACGGCCGCAGUAGACGGUCCAAACAAUCGCUUCGUACAGCAACAAAUGGCUGCUCAGAGUGCCCUCAAUCCAAACAGUCUUCCAUUUUAUCCCCUCUUAUUCUCAGGCGAGGUUCAGUUGCACGCCUAUCAGCAGAUGCAGAUGAUGCAAUUGGAAAUUGCGCGGUUACAGUCUGAGCAGGCCCAACGUAAUGCUCGUGCUCAAGCUAUCCUAAUUCAGCACGCUUUGCGCCAGCAGAUGCAGAACAGGAGUGCGAGCGCCACGAUUCCUCCCGCCACUGCAGGCCCUCUUGAAACAAGCUUCGAUAUCCGUCCUGUUGGUGGCUCUCCGCCUGCGCGGCGUCCUAGUCAGGCUGAGCUUCUCAAGGCUCAGCUCGGAGUCCAAACUCCCCCACUCGAGGACCAGGUGCCAAUGACGGCUACGCUGGGGGGACGAGCCGGUGUGCGUGUCACCUCUAGUGUCGCUUUCCCGAGUAGUCCCGAGACUCCGAUUAGGGGAUCGUCUCCCCCCGGGCAAACCACUGUGAUUAGUGGUGGUACGUCACUUGGAAAUUCCUUACCCAGCGGUAAUGGACACACAAUCAAAGAUAACACACCUUCCAAGUCGGAUGUCGCUGUGUCUUGGCGCCGUGGCAGCACCACUAAUUCAGUUUUGAAUGGCCUCCGCACGGUCUCUGCUGUUUCACCGAGCGUUAAAAUCACACCACCUCCUGGUGAACGUGUUUCACCUCCUCCUGGAAGUGGUGCUACGUCUGCCAGCAAGGUGCGCCCACGCCCCUUGAGCUUUACGGCACCUCUUUCACGCACGCUCCCUGUCAUUGCCUUGGACUCUGGCAGCGAGCACGAGGAUGCCUAUUCAACUUCAAGUUCUGCCUCGCUCUCCAACCCCACUACCCCUCACUCCUCAUCUUCUCUAGACACAUCGCCACUAUCGCCUCGCGAGGAAGCAACCAAGAAAUUGUACGAGGGGUUGGGAAUGGGACGUCCUAUCUUAUCUGCUUCGCCCAUUCCCGUCGCACAUAAAUUUAUCGGCCCUUUGAGACAGCCUCGUGGUCCGCCUUCUGGUGCUGAUGAAUUAGGACCCAAGAACUUUGCCACGCGCGUGCGCCGUAAGGCCAUCGGCGGCCUGGGUGUUCUCAUGGGUGCUCGCGAGCGUAGGGAAGCAAUUGAGGCAUACUAA